AACAAGAAAUCCUCUGUUCUCGUAUGUGGGUGUGGAUUUUUUUGUGUCAAAUGAUGCACAGUAGCGUUGCAUAAUGCAAUGGCACGAAUUUGCCUCGAAACAAAUUCAUCAGAAGACGUUUUAUUGGAAAAGGAAAAAGCUCCAUUCCUACAAUAAAUCUGUCGGCUCAAAUAAUAUUUUCUUGUCUAAUUAAUUUUUUGCAUUUGUUAUCAUGCAGGUGGUUCUACUAAGUAUUUUCCUCGGCCAAAGAUGAAACGCUGUCAUGAAGAGUCCUCUCCGAGUGACGCCUCAACUCCAAAGGAAAGAGGUAAAAUGAGGACAUAUCUAUGGGCGUGCCUGUUAGCCCCCACCCCCCAACCCAAUCUUCUUUCCCCCUGCCUUUGUAAAAUAAAAAUGCGUCGAUCCAGCAAAAUGGUAUGAAUAGUUGCGAUGCGUACAACUCGCUAUUCCCUCAUCUUGAUGCUUUGUUGUAAUGUCUUUAUUUUUGUAGUCAAGCAAGUUCCCAGUGACGAAGAUUUAGAGUGGCUUUCGCAGAAACUCGAUGAAUGGAAGAGAGUCGGGCGUCGUCUUAAAAUUGAGGAGGCAAGGUUAACGGCGUUUGACAAUGAAAAUAAGGAAUGGUCUGAAAAAAUCUACAAAAUGUUUUUACAUUGGAAAGAGAGGGAUGGCUCAGCCGCAACAUACACGGUCCUACAUGAUGCAUUGUGUCAUCCAUUCGUGAAUCGCACAAAUUUAGCUGAGCAACUUAUCACUGGUAAUAUAUCACCAAUCUUGCAAUUCAAUUAAAAUAUAAUUACAUACAAGCAUAGUGCCUAAAUUCGUAGACACCAUGCUUUUUGGCCUCUGUAUCUUGUGUUCGUUGUUGACAGUGCCUCGAAACUGGAAAAGAGUCGCUUCAUUUGUCGGUGACCAAAUCAAAGAGAAGGAAGAUCAUUUGAUGCCUUUGUAUAUUUUCAUAUAGUUUUCUGGUAGCGCAAAAUUCACUCACUUCUUAACUGCCAACUGUCACGAUUCUGUGAACUCAAAAGGGUUGUUUAUUGUGCGAACUCCACUGCUGCCACGUGUGUGUUCGUUGUCUCCUAAGUCUUCUAAAUAUAUCGGCCCAGUGACGUGACCGUGUAACGCAAUAUCACGACAUCUUCCCCUUUUUACAAAGUUUAUCUUCAAAAGUUAAUUAAUACUUAAUGUUCGGUUUCGAUCACUGUUCAAAUCACAUAAAAUCGAUAAAACAUUGUUCUUCAUUGAAAUCAUAAAAAGAUAGAAACAGAACCCAACAACUAUUUAGCGGCUCAAUCAUUCAAUGUUCAGUUCAUAUGGUAAUCCUGAUGCCACAAAGGCGGUCGACGUCUGCGUUCUGAUCGACGAGUUUCAAUCCUUUGUGGCUCAAGCUCAGUUCCCAUCUCAUUUUCAGGUGGCAUUCUCUCUGUUUUGGUCUCGCCAUGGAACUCCGGUGGAGGAGGUCCUGGCUCUGUCAGAUUUGGCGCCGGUUUGAGGGUAGACUCGGGCGGAGUUAGUUCUAGCAGACUCAUAGGUGGUGCUGUUUCCGGGGUCAGGCGCAGUUGCCGACGGUUGCGUCGGUAUCGCCUGCCGCAAACUUCAACUUCAUAAGACCUGUUCCCCAAGGCUUUCAUGCAUGUCCCCAGACUCCAUUCCUCCCUUCCGGGAAGCCGCAUCCUGAUGGCCUGUCCACACUUUAGUGCCUCUAAAGGGCGAAACUUUUUGUUGUAUUGUUGAGCUUGUCUUUUCUUGCGCUUAGCUAAUUUGGUGGCUGUUUCCUGGUGUGAUGGCUGCCGCAGGAGCGUUUCAUGGGUUGGUAAGAAAGUGCGUGUGCGGCGUCCCAUCAGUCUCUGUACGGGUGAUGUUCCUAGACCCUCUGUUGGGGUGUUGCGCCAAUCAAGAAGGGCUAACAGCGGGUCUUGCCCAUCCGCUUUCGCUUUCGUCAUCAAGUUCUUGCAAGUCUUCACGGCAUUCUCGGCGCGGCCAUUUGACUGGGGGUAACGGGGGCUCGAAGUUCUAUGUUCAAACUGCCAUUCUCUCACGAAUGCACUGAACACCGAUGACGUAAACUGAGGUCCGUUGUCGGUAAUAAGCACGUCUGGUAUCCCAUGGCGGGCGAAUUGUACUUUACACGCAGCUAUCACGCUAGCAGAUGUGGCCACCUUAACCUCCUGGACUUCAAAGAACCCACUCCAGUAGUCGACUAGGACCAAGAAAUGUUGUUGCCCAAGGUCAAAAAAAUCGGCACCUAGCAUCGACCAGGGACGCGACGGGAUCGGAUACGGUUGCAAUUCCUCGCGGCACUGAUCUGGCUGGUACGACUGGCAGAUUGAGCAUUUGGAAACAAAGUCCUUUACUUCCGAAUUCAUGAGGGGCCAAUAGAGGACCUCCCUAGCGCGACGUAAACACCCUUCGAUUCCAAUAUGUGAUCGGUGAAUUUGCUUCAACAUUUCUUUUCUCAGGGAAGGGGGUACCAGCAAUCGCUCCCCCAGGAAUACUAGUCCCUUGUCUUCUAUAAGCUCACUUCGUUUGUCAUAGUAAGGCGUCAGCUCAGGGGUACAGGACUUCCUUGACACUGGCCAUUCACCCUUGAUUGCUCCGAUUAGCUUUUGCAUCACUGGGUCCCUGGCAAUCUCGUUUCUGAAUUCAGCGAGCCUGUAUGGUGCAAUCGAGAGGUUUUCUGAAUGAUCUAUCUCGGCAAGUGUACAGAUCAGACUUGUAUCGUGCUUGGAGGCUUCGGUGGUGUUGCGGUAUGCUCGACUCAGUGCAUCUGAUACCCACAUAAGUUCCCCUUUUUAUACUGCACAUCCAGGGAGUAAUUCUGAAGAGCCAUCAGCAUUCUCUGGAGUCUCUUUGGUGAGUUGUGUAUUGGCUUGGUAAAAACUGCCCUUAGUGGUUCGUGGUCAGACUCGAUGUGUACAACUUCGCGUCCCAGUAUGUAUUGAUUGAACUUGUCGGUUGACCACACUAUGGCGAGGAGCUCUUUCUCGAUUUGAGCGUAACGCGUUUCGGUGUCUGUCAGAGCUCGCGAGGCAAAGGCAACGGGCUGACCCUUUUGCAUCAGUACUGCACCUAGACCCGUUAUGCUGGCAUCGCAUUGGAUUGUCACUUCUUCAGUAACAUCAUAGUAUUUCAGUACCGGGGCCUUGGCCAAGUAUUCUUUGACUGUGGUAAAUGCUUUCUCAUGCUGUGCAAGCCAACACCACUCGACGUCCUUGUCCUCAAGCCUUCGCAAAGGUUCUGUCAUGUCGGACAGGAGUGGCAAGAAUUUGGCCAGAUAAUUGACCAUCCCCAAAAACCUCUUCAGGCCUUUCACAUCAGUCGGCGGUGGCAUAUCCAAAAUAGCUUCAACUUUGGCUGGGUCUGCCUUUAGACCAUCAGGAGUCAAGAGGUGGCCCAUGAAACGCACUUCGGUUUGAGAUCUUUUCAGCUUGAGUUUGUUGAGCUUGAGGUUCCACUCCCGGCAUUUCUUGAAGAACGCACGUUCGUUCUUUUCAAGGCUCGAGUUGACCUCUGCGUCAGUUUCGCCAAAUCCAGCGAUGAGGAAGUCGUCAGCGAUAACUUCAACUCCUUCUAAAUUUUCUACGAAUUCAUGCAUGCGUCGCUGCCAAACUUCAGGCGCACUUGAGAUACCAAAAGGCAUGCGGGCCCAUCUAUAACGCCCAAAAGGCGUAUUGAACGUUGUCAGGAAACUAGAAGCAUCGUCUAAGAGGAUUUGGUGGAAACCAUCCUUGGCGUCACAAAGAGUAAAUUUCUUGGCACCUGUUAAGCGGGAGGCCACUUCAUCGAUAGUCGGCAACUGGUAAUGCUCUCGCCGAAUGGCACGAUUUAAAUCUCUCGGGUCAAUACAGAUGCGUACUUUGUUUGGCUUCACUAUGGCCAACAUGCUGGAUACCCACUGCGUCGGUUCUGUUACUGGAAUAAUAACUUUACGAUCAACAAGUUCGUCCAGCUUGUUUUUGAUGCAUGGACGCAAGGCUACUGGCACUCGCCUCGGUGCGUGGACAACUGGUUGCGCCUGUUCGUCUAUGGCUAUUUUGUAUGUUCCCGGUAGGGCCCCUAAUCCGUCGAAUACGUCCUCAUACUCUUCGAGCAAGGAGGCUUUGGGACACUUGACGUGUAAUGCUAGGACGUCACAAUUAUGCAAACUCACAAAGCCAAGAUUGAGGCUGGUGUUCAAUGAUAAAAUCGGUUGAUAGUCUCCGUCUAAGAUGUUAAACUCCAUUGACCUCCGCUGUCCACGGGACCACACAGGCAGGGUAGCUUUACCAGCAAUUUUGCGGCGAUCCCCUGUGUACGAGACUAUUUCCUUUUGGCAUGGUUUGAGGCGAUGAAGGAGGGUGUCCCCAGUGAUUUGCUUGUAUAAUUGGGCCGGGAGAAUGUCGCACUGCGACCCAGUAUCUAUUUGAAACUGGACUUCUGUCUUGGGAUCUGGCCCAUAAAUGUGGAGUUUGACCACUGCCAAUUUUUCCUGGCCUUUGCUCUUACUAGUAGUAGCACCAAUGUAGUAGGGGUCGUUUCCCAUGUCGACGGCUUCGUGGACCGCCGAAACUCUACUUUUCACUCCUCGGGGAUUAGCGCGACAUUUAUUCGCAAAAUGAUUCAUACUCCCACAGUUAAAACAUGUUCUUCCAUACGCGGGACAAUGACGUCCAUGCACCAUUCCGCAAUUUCCACAUUCUUUAGACGGUCUUCUAAAUGCUUGUGACUUAAGUUGUCGUUCUUCUUCAGGUUUUUCUGCCGAUCCCGCCUUCCGUAACGCAUGAACUGCAGUGUCUCCUCCAGCCAUUAGCUUUACUUGCUGUUGGGUCUGUUCUGACGACUUAAUAAUGUCAACUGCUUGUAGGAGAGAUAAAUCAUUCAAACGGAGUAGUCUCUCGCGGACGCGAUCAUCCCGUAUGCCUAGCACGAGGCGGUCACGCAACAUUUCAUCUGGUGUGAUUGUAUCGUGUGCACAGUUUUUUGCGAUCGUUCGAAGCUCCGUAAGAUACGUCGAGAUGUUUUCGCCUGGUUCCUGGUUUCGGUUGUUGAACCUGUAGCGUUCAUAUAUGACCUGUGUCCUAGGAAUGCAGAAUUCGUCGAACUUCUUCAGGACUUGUGAAAUGUCGUCUGCGUUUUCGUCUUCGUUCCAAAUAAAGGUAUCGUGGGCUCUGACGCCAUCCUCGCCUAUAAUGCUUAGUAAUGUCGACACACGAACUAUGCCCUCUUGUUUAUAUACACCAGUAGCGAUUUCGUAGCGCUGCCACGCUGCUUUCCACGAUUUCCAUGCGGUGGCUAAAUUGUCGUCAAAAUUAAGCGCUUUCGGCGGGGGCAAAUUUGACGGGGGAAUAAAAACUUGAGUCGGCGCUGGUGGCACAACUAUGGAUGCUUCAGCUGCUUCUGUCAUCUUUAGGGGUGAACAGAUCCCACUUCUGACACCAUGUCACGAUUCUGUGAACUCAAAAGGGUUGUUUAUUGUGCGAACUCCACUGCCGCCACGUGUGUGUUCGUUGUCUCCUAAGUCUUCUAAAUAUAUCGGCCCAGUGACGUGACCGUGUAACGCAAUAUCACGACACCAACCGUAAGCGUAAGGUUGCCAGUAUUUCCUCCUGCUUUUUUGGCUUUGGUAUCCAUUGAUCGUAAGAAACGAACUGGUGAGUUUUGUUUCUUCAGAUAAAUUUUCCGAUGAAUACCUAAGUCAAUAUCAGUUUGCUGACAAGCAACUUGCCCACCCACAAGAAUGCAAAGUUACAGGAAAUACCGUUGCAAACUUCCCAUUUAACGACUCUGUGCCAGUCAACCCCCACCCCCAACCCCAUCUUCCUUCGCCCUGCCUUUGUAAAAUAAAAAUGCGUGGAUCCGGCAAAAUGGUAUGAAUAGAUGCAUUACGUACUACUCGCUAUCGUCUCAUCUUGAUGCUUUGCUGUGAUGUCUUAGUGUUUGUAGUCAAGCAAGGGGUUCCCAGUGACGGAGAUUUAGAGUGGCUUUACCCAAGCUGCUUAUUGUAUGGAAAAUAUUUUUUAAGAGUUUUUCGCUCGAUUGCAAACUGGAGAUAUAAAUGGUUUGUCACCAAAUCCGUUUACUUGGCGAUGGCAAUUUUUCUUACUGGUUGGGAAAAAAGAAAACAAGACAUUUUCUGUUCGCGUAUGUGGAUGUGCAUUUUUCGUGCCAAAUGAUGCACAGUAGGGAUGCAUAAUGCAGUGGCACAAAUUGGCCUUGAAACAAAUUCACCAAAAACAUUUCAUUAGGAAAGGAAUAAGUUCCAUUGCCACUUAUCAGUUGUUCCAUUGCCCAUCAGUUGGCUCAAAUAAUAUGUUGUGUUCUAAUUAUUUUUUUACAUUUGUUAUCAUGCAGGUGGUUCUACUAAACAUUUGCCUCGGCCAAAGGUGAAACGCCGUGAUGAAGAGUCGUCUGUGAAUGACGCCUCAACCCCAAAGAAAAGAGGUAAAAUGAGGACAUAUCUAUGGGCGUGCCCGUCAAUCCCCACCCCCCAACCCCAUUAUCCUUCCCCCUGCCUCUAUAAAAUAUAAUUGCGUGGAUCCAGCAAAGUGGCAUGAAUAGUUGCGAAAUUUUUAGAGCUUUUCGCUCGAUUACAAACGAGAGAUAAAAAUAGCAUUCGAAAUUGUGGAAGCAAGAUUAAAGGCGUUUGACAAUGAAAAUAGGGAAUAGUCUAAAAAAAUCUUCAAAAGGUUAUUACACUGGAAAGAGAGGAAAGGCUCAGCUGCAACAUACUCAUAAGACACCUAGAAUCUCCCGCCUUACCCCUUCCCUCAUUUUAACCAAACCCCCAUUUUAUAAACCACACACAACCCAAUCGGUCCAACGAAGGGCUAACGCUCGAACUAUCAGCUUUUGAAGCUCGUAGUUACUACAAUAUUUGAGAUUUUCCUUGAUGUUUGUCUUAAUAAUAAGAAUAAACAAAUAUAUUCAGAACAAAUCAGUAUAUAUUUUGUUAAAAAUUGUGUGUAGUGUAACAAACAACUGCCUCGAUUACCAGCCGCUGUUCGAGAAAUGAGCCCGCGCUUCUCCCAAUUUUCGAGGGAGGAUCGAAGACUGUACACGAGAAUUAGGCGCAAAUCGAACCCCCCCCCCCCCCAAACAAAAAACACCGUAGUGACGACACAGUGAAAAUGUGAAUAUUUACCUUCGGAAUUAAAGGGUGACGUUGUCAAAGUUACCAAUUACAGUUGGCGAGAAAUAUUCUCCUCACUGUUUAAAAACCUUGCUCGAGUAAUGUUCUUUUCGAUGUAGGAGAUAGACAAUUUUUAACAAGCUAUUUGUUUUUUGUCUACAGAUUCAUCUGUAACCGAAUUUUUGGAAUGGUGCCAGAAACAGUUGAGGACGUUUUAUACUGACACCAUGUGUCAAGUGAAAAUAACACCGUGGGACCCAGACAACACGGUACACAUUGAUGGCUUUUACAUAGAGUCAACGUGUUUACGAGACGACAGAAAACCUGACGGGACAACGAAAGAAAAGCUGGGUGACAGCAGUGAAGUAUUUGAAGGUGACGAACAUCAUCCCAAUCGUAGACGAAUUCUAGUGUAUGGAAGACCUGGAAUAGGAAAGUCUGCUUUCGCUCAAAAAGUAGCUGUGGAUUGGGCAAAUGGCAAAAAGGAGAUCCUCAAAAAGUUUACUCUUUUACUGUUAAUCAGGUUGCGAGACGUUUGUGAUAGUCCGGACCUCUGUACCAUGUUGAAAACUACUGAACUGUUGUCUGCUGAUAACCCGAUGGCAGUCAAUAACUUGUGUGAAUAUGUCCGUCAGAACCAAGAGAAAGUGCUGCUCAUUUUGGAUGGAUAUGAUGAGUACAGCAGUGGAAAAUCGUCCCUAAUUCAUCAGAUUUGGAGAGGCAGUCAACUGAGAGACUGUUGUGUAAUGAUCACAACGCGGCGAUUGAAGGAGGAUGAACUAAGAGUGCCAAGUAAUGUUCAGUUUGAACUUAACGGGUUCGAUAGCCGGGAACAGAAGGAACAGUUUGCUAGUAAGAUUCUUCCUGAUAAGAAAGAUGUUGAAGGGCUACUUGAAUACCUGGAGGAGCAUGACCUCAAGGAGAUGGCAGAGAUUCCACUAUUAUUGUUGAUGUUGUGUCUUCUCUGGAAAGAGAAAAAGCAUCAAUCACCAACAUCUCGUGCGGAAAUUUACGUAGGAUUUAUUCAGACUCUCUUGAAUCAUAUGGCUACUAAAGACUCGGACGACAUCGCAACAGAUGAAAGCAUAGAUAAAUAUCAAGAGGAACUUUCCAAAAUAGGAAAACUUGCCUUUGAUGCUCUUUUGGAGGACUGCCUUCAUUUUGACUUCACCAAAUUUCCGCAUGGUGAUCUCUUCGAGAAGCUUAUUCAUGUCGGUUUUUUCCAAGUUUCCAAACUUUCUGCUUGGAACCGUGAGAAGAUCGUGUAUUUUCUUCACAAGUCCGUUCAGGAGUUUCUCGCCGCCUGGUUCAUCGUUCAAGAAGUGAAGGUUAAGAAGAAUGAAACCGUCACCUUCUUGUCGGGAAUGGAUACGUUUGAAAAAUCAAUGAAGAUGGCUGAAGUUCUAAAAUUCGUUUGUGAGUUGUCAUCAGAUGCUGUCGGCAUUGUUUUUGAUCAUCUACAUUAUAUCGCAGAGAAAGAAGGUCUCACAAAUUACAAUUUCACUAGGACGCUUUCAUACGAAGAUUUGUCUGAGGAACAAUUCGCCUUUAUUGAACUCUGUGUCGAUUGUUUGUUCUGUUGUCCGGCCUCAAACAGACCAGCUGUGUAUUCUGCAUUUCUCUCAUGUGUUAACCAUGUUGUAAUACUUGAUGAGGAACACUCGUCUACUGCUGCCAAAACGCACUUCUUCAAAGACACCGACAGCUUUCCGAACUAUUUAUUUUACUCAGGUUGGAACACUAAUGAUGAUAAUCUUCUGUCCAUAUGGUUUGACUUGAACGCGGUCGUUUUAACGUGCUCUGGAGAAAUUGAAGAUGUAAAAAAAUACGCCGAUUUACGCGAGGAGGCGGACUUUUUCCUCAAAAAAAGCGAAAAGAGAAACUUUAUCUAUCUUCGUCGCAUAACAGGUGCUGUAUUUCACUCUAAACUGCUUUCUGAAUUGAUCUCAGCGCCGGUUUGUCCUUCUCAGCCACCUGUGGAUAAUCUGGGAAAGAAUGAAGACAACAACAUUGCGCUUUCUUUGACUGAGAACAGAUCUGACCAGACACGACAACAUUGUGUGUCACUGGUGGAAAACGUUAAUUUAGUCUUGGAAACAGUUGAGGAUUUUGUUCUGUUGAAGAACUUGUUGCCUUUAUUAACAGCUCCCCGAAAUAUUACAAUUUGGGAGUGCGGGACAGAUGCCUUGGAAGGUAUUUCGAUUGAGAGCGCGAUUUAUGGAAUUAAUUUUACUGACAAUCUCCACAAAUUAGAACUUCGCAAUUUCAAUCUAACAGGAAAGUGUGCUGCUUUUAUUGCUGAGUCACUGCACCACUCUCCAAACUUGGAUGAGCUCUGCUUGUCAAGGAACCCCUUACACAGCGGUGUGAGUCAUUUGGCUGAGAAUCUUCAUCACGUGCCACAGUUGACUGAGUUAGAGUUAGUUGAAGUACAAAUGGGAGAAAAGGAAUGUGCUGCAUUGGCUUCCUCACUACAGUACUUAAACAAGUUAGAAAGACUGGAUAUGUCAAACAAUGCACUGGGUCACGGGAUUAUUGAACUGGCCAGGAACCUGAACAGUGUACCCAAUCUGACUUGGCUGAGACUAUCGGAUACAAAUAUAGGUGAAGAUGAAGCAUCAGCACUGGCUUGUGCACUAAAGGAUGUACCAGAGCUGAGCAUUCUUAGUCUAGGGUCCAAUCCACUGGGCAGAGGAGUCAUGAACCUGGUCCAGCAUCUCUGCAGUGUUCCUAAGCCGAAGGAGGACCUAUCCUCGUGCCUGGAUGGUGUUCAAAUGACAAAGUUGACUGACUUAGCGUUACAGGAUGUAAAAAUGGGAGAAAAGGAAUGUGCUGCACUGGCUGCCUCAUUACAGUACUUAAAGAAGUUAAAAGAACUGGAUAUGUCAAACAAUGUACUGGGUCACGGGAUUAUUGAACUGGCCAAGAACCUGAACAGUGUACCUACUCUGACCACACUGUACCUGAGGAACACAAAUAUGGGUGAAGAUGAAGCAUCAGCACUGGCUCGUGCACUGAAGGAUGCACCAGAGCUGAGAUCUCUUAGAUUAGGGUCCAAUCCACUUGGCAGAGGAGUCAGGUACCUGGUCCAGCACCUCAGCAGCGUUCCUAAACUGAAUUUCCUGUAUCUGGAUGAUGUUCCGAUGACAAAGACAGAGCUUAAAAUGCUGUUUUCAGCCUUAAAUGGAAGAGAAAUUACAUUGUAUACCGAUUACCAUGUAAGUGUCUCGUUCUUGUUUCACUUAGUCGUAUCUAAUUUUUAUUUUGGUUCUCUUCAGAUUACACUUGUUAUUGUUUCCAGCAAGUUGCUUUGGAGACAAUUUAUUGGAGUAGUCUGCAUGGGAAAGAAUGUAGACAUCAGGAACAGUCACUGUUUUCGACAUUUACUAUUUCUAUGUUGUGACAACAGGAGCCAUUGUUGGGGAUGGCGGAGACCGUAAACAGCCCAUGUUAAGUACUUUAAUGGUUCAUGUAUUGCUUCUUUGACUAUGGUUUCCAGAAAAAUAUGUUUAAGAUUAAAUUAAGACAGAAACAAAUUUAGCUUUGAAAACUUUGAUAUUAUUUAUUUACAGACAGUAGUUUCCAGUGUAGUGGAUGCUUGAUUACUGAAACUUCAUUGAAAACUUUGGUAGUUCGAUUCCUUCGAGUUCAUUCGAUUGGCCCUUCGGUUUUGGCGAAAUCUUGUAGAGAAAUCUUUUGUAGCUAUGCCUUACAUAAGAGAGAGAAAAAAAGAUGAAUUGUGAGAAUUUUUCUCGGACCAAACUUCUUUGCGCAAUGUUAAUUUUUGAAAUUUUUUGGCUUGUGUUGUUAUUAUGGGAUGCUUUCUUUUGGGUUUGAUUAUGUGACGUGAAAUUACUGUUAACCUAUACAUGCUUUGGAUUCGAUGACGUUGUUCCCUACAAUCUGUACCAGCAUCUAUUCGCUUUUAUUAACAGGAAGCGUUUACCCAACAAAAUAGAAAGAACCAAACAAAAAAGGUUUUUUCUUGUGUUAAAUCCAAAUGCGUGUUUUGAAAAGCGAAAAUCAUGUUGAUUCUAUUGUCAUAAAUUUACGUUUUAAAGGUUUGUACUGAUGAUAGGAAAUAAUUCACCAAAAGUUGUAGGUUAAAAUAUUAACAUCCAAAAAGAAACUGACACGGUGCUAUAAUUUACUUGCACUUAAAUGGUUUCAUUAUUCUUAUUUAUCAGUUAGAUUCUUUUUGUCUUUAGCUGCACUGCUCAUGUUGAGUAACUCCGUCAGAUGCUCGUAGGGCCCUCGGUCGCCUUUGUCAUAGAAGCCUAUUUUUUUUUCUUUUAAGAAAAAUUAAAGAAAAACAUUGUAAAUAGCGAAUUUGUUAAAAUGACCAUUUCAAACCUUACACUCUAAAACCUUUUUGGUGUGUUAAACGAAAAUAUAACAUAGAAUAAAGAGCAAAGUACUCCGGGGUUGGUAAUAAGGCAAAAAGAGAUAAUAGCGAGAAGGAAUUGGAAAAGAAGACAGGCGGGCACAAAAUUCAAUGGAUAAAUAUAUAUAUAUAUAUAUAUAUAUAUAUAUAUUUUUUUUUUUUUGGAGGGGGGGGUGGGGAAAUGAGGAAAAAAAUCAAGAAAGUGUUUCACAUGGGUCACCUCUGAUAAGCGCUUCGGCUCGAUGUUCCCAUUCUGUAUCCAAAAUAAGACCAAUAUUACCACGUCCUAAACAAAAUAAAGCGCUUGCACUAGUCGUGAGAAGAAGCCUUUUGGAGGCGAAGUUUCCAUUAACAUCUCAUUCAGCUGAAAGAUCUGGGAAAGACGUUAUGUUAUGGAACCUGUGAAAUUAGCGCUUGAAGAAUGAAGCAUUACUGUGCGUCAGGCGAAAGCGCCCUGCUAGAAAACAAACGAAAAAUCAAAAGAAAUCAUUUUAAAAGCGUAAACUUCAUAGGCGCGACCCGUGACACGCGGCUACUAGUCAAACUCGGCACUGCGCUAUAAUUUACUCGCUCUUAAAUGGUUUCCUUAUUCUUAUUUAUCAGUUGGAUUCUUUUUUAAGUGUCUCGUAUAUGAUUCAAAUGGUUUUGUCAGAAAAGUAUGGUUACAUUGAGAGGAGAGUUCUUUACUUUUGGGAAAGUCAAGGAAAACAUUACAUCGAGGACUCCGGGUCAUCAAAAAGAAAUAUUUAGGGUUGUCUGUCUUUCAAUCGUAUAACAAUUAUGUUGGUUGAGAGGUGAACUGGAGUAAAACCUGUUGCGUGUAGUCGUGCAAGGUUGGAAAAUUGUUAAAUCGUUGAUUUACUCUCGGGAAGACAAUAACUUAGCUAAUACUUUGUUUGUGGAAAAUUAAUAAUUUCGAAGGUAUUAGACAGUUUUCCUCCCCCUAAAAAAGUUAGUAUUUAUUGUAAUUUAUGUGUUUGUUUGUAAACCUUCACCUCAUCUUAAUCGUCAGGGAGCAUUGUUUUUUGUUAUUUGUAACUGAGAUCGUUUUCUUCGUUGUAAAAUGAUCUUAGUCACUUGUAGCUAUUUGAAUUCAAAAGUGAAUGUCCUCUUUUACUGCUCGCUAUAUGGACUAAUAUCUUUGAUUGCGAGAAAUAUUUAUCUUGCGUGUUAAAAUGUAAGUUGAGUGUUACAUAGAAAUUAAUGAAACAGGUGUAUUUUGCCAUAGCGAAGGAAACGUAAUAUUCCGAUAUACGUGGGGAGAAUCAAGAUCCUUUAGAUAUUUAUCUGGUGUAAAAAUGCCAGUUGAGAGUUUCACAUAGUUGGUGCUGUGGUUGAUGUUGUGUCCUUUUUUUGUCCUGUGAUAGGAAGUUGAAAGGAAAGAUGGAGAGUGGAUCAAUCGACUUCUUACAGAAGCUGAGCUGAAAAAAGAAGGAAUAAGGUUCAGAAAAGAGCCAGAUGAUGAUGACGAUGACGAUGAUGAUGAUGGUGAUGAUGAUGAUGAUGAUGACGAAAGUGAGGAUGAUGACGAUGAUGACGAUGACGAUGAUGAUAAUGACGAAGAUGAAGAUAGUGAGCAUCUCGAUGAUGAUGAUGAUGAGGAUGAUGGCGAUGAUGAA